AUGAAACUUCAACAAGGUCCGAGAGCCACAUUGGCCUUUACCUUAAACUGCUUGGCCUUCGCCUUGGCCGUUUCAGCUGUAACAACCAGCUACUGGUGUUCUGGGACCAGGAAGGUAGUGAAGCCCUUGUGCACAGGUCCAGCAAAAAACAAGCAGAACUACUGCAUCCACUUUAAUAGCUCUGAUGUGAACAACACACAUCUGGUGCAGUAUAUUUACGAGACUGGAGAAGAAAUGUAUAUACUGAAGAAAUUCCACACAGGCAUUUGGUUCACUUGUGAACAGUCUGCUGACCUAUUGGGAUUCAGCUGUAGAUCUUUUUUAGAAAUUGCACCUGAUCAUGAAAGAGGGGUGUUAUGGCUGUGCAUUAUUGGUGAAUGCUUGUACAUCACUUUGCUGUUUAUUGGAGUCUCACUCAUGGCAAUGGAUAUGAGUCACUGCGGUAACAGGAUGAACCGACUCAAGCUGAAUGCUUUUGCAGCCCUGUUCACUGCACUUUCAGGUCUGUUUGGCAUGGUAGCACAUAUGAUGUUCACUACAGCCUUUCAGCUUACAGUCAUUUUGGGUCCAGAAGAUUGGAAACCCAAAAACUGGGAGUACAGCUGGUCUUAUCUUUUGGCCUGGGUUUCCUUUGCUACCUGCAUGGCCUCAGCUGUCACUUCUCUCAACCACUACACCAAAACUAUGAUCCAAUUCAAGUUCAAGCAGAAGAACAUUGUAAACAACUUGGAGCUCUUGGGACUGCACAUGCCUGUAGGAUUAUGGGAUACAUAUCUGAGCCCGGGCCUUGAUCCUACAGACCAGCACAUGUCCUUUGAAGAGAAAAUGACACCAGACUAUUUUCCUCUUCAUCCCAAGACACUGCAGCACUGCACUCAGUGUGAAGAAUACUGCUAA